CAAUUUUCGUCUCUCUCACUCCCUCCCUCUCAUAUUUCAAAACUGAAAUUCAUCUGUAUCGUGUUCAAAAUUUCCACCAACUUGAAUUCGAAAAGACAAAUCCUGCUGGCUGGAAAAGGGAAAAAUUUUCUGCUUUGUUAUCAGCUUGUCCGUGGAGCUGUCUGGCAAACAUGUAACUUUAGACCUACGUGGAAUAAUUACUUCAUAAGUGAAGUUCAACUGGCAGAUCUAGCUGUAGGGCUUUGGUCAGAAUUAAGCUGCACAUGCUCUCCUUUGGUCCUUUUGAAAAAGAAAAAUAAUGCAGCCAUGAUUUGCCAAGUAUUUACUCUUUACUCAUGCUAUUUUUUCCUUCAGCUUUGUCAUCAGCUUGUCUGUGGAGCUAUCUGGCAAACAUGUAGCUUUCGACCUACGUAG